CCCGGCCGGAUCACCAUGUGAGGAGUGUGAUCUGGAUCCUGGAGGAGCUGGAGGAGCGAGCACCGACGCUGACCCUCCUGGACACGGUGGGUCUGGUGCGGAGCCUGAGCCGGUCCGAGAGCCUUUUCCACCAUCUCCUCCUGGGCCAGAGCUCGGCUCCUCCCGGGUCCCUGAGCCUCCUGUCCGACACCGACCGAUCCUUCCUCUGGCGGGUCACCGAGCACCAGGUCACGCCGUCGGCCGAGCUGGGGGUCAGCCUGACCGACGACGGGACCACCGUCUCCCUCGGGCACGUUCUGGCCGGGAUCGAGGCCGGGCUGAGGAGGAACAGGAGCUCGGCCUGGCCGACGGGCACGGCGGGGGGGGCGCCGGACGCCGUGGACUCCCUUCACGCCGUCACCUUGACCAAGGACUUGGGGUUGGCUCUGGUGGGCCACCAUCGCAAUGGGAGCCAAGCCUUGCUGGGGGGCGAGGGGUGCUGGGACCACGUGGAGAAACCCCGGCGCUUCACCCUCUCCCCGCCCUGGUCCUCAGCGACCGACGCUCUCAUCAACGGGGGGAUGGACGGCUUCAUCCUCGGCAGCUACCUGUCCGGCCUCUCCCCUCCCCUGCCCCCGCUCAGCGCCGUGCUGAGAGGUUACUACACCGAGGGCCUAGGCCUCCGAGGCUUGAAGGCGAGCCGGAGGCGCCAGGCCUACGGGGAGCUGGUUACCGCCCGGGGUUUGGCCGCUCAGGUGUCCGACGCGGUGCUCCUGUACGGACAGCUCGGCGACCAGCCCGGCCUCCGCAACCUGUCCCGCCGGGCCGUCGAGGAGAUCGCCCAGCGCGGAGUGCCCCGGUUCCUCUCCAGGUACCUCGAUUGUCCGGCCAUCAUUCCUCGCUGCAUGUGGGGGGCAAAGCCGUACCGCGGCGCCGCCACCCUCCUGACGCUGCCCUUACGCUAUGUGUACGUUCACCACACCUACCACCCCAGCCGGCCCUGCGCCACCUUCCCACAGUGCGCCGCCAACAUGAGGGCCAUGCAACGCUUUCACCAGGAGGAGCGGGAGUGGGACGACAUCGCCUACAGCUUUGUGGCGGGUUCGAACGGCUACCUGUACGAAGGCCGGGGGUGGUGGUGGCAAGGCAGCCACACCAAGGGGCAGAACGCCAAGGGCUACGGAGUGGCUUUCAUCGGCAACUACACCGCAGCACUGCCUGACGACACCGCCAUCCAGUUGGUGAGGGACACGUGGACCCGCUGCGCGGUGGCCGCGGGGAACCUGGUCAGCGACUACGCUAUUCACGGACAUCGACAACACCGCAACGUGCUGUGCCCCGGGGAACGGCUAUUCCUCGAAAUCAAGACCUGGGAAGCUUUCCGGGAGGUUGAGCGAGACACCGUCAACGCCGAGGCCUUGUGAGGAGCCUCUCACGCAGGUGAAGGGAGAACAGAGAUAGACAGCGAAGGCUUCCAACACGGCUUCCAACACGGCGGCUUACGAGCUUCAUUAAACUAUACGCAUUCUC